AUGGCUGCUAAGCUGGACCAGUUUCCUGACCAGACAUCCAGCCUGCCACAGCUACGAGAUGGUCAGACCAGCCUGGUGGCUCCCUCUCAGGCUUCCCCAGCCCCUUCUCCCCGUCACAAGGCAGCACAGUGGGCCCAGGAAGUCCGUCAAAGGUUAAAAAGUGGAGAGAGUCUAGAAGAAGAUGUGAAAAAUCUGAAGAAAGAACUGAUUGCUGUCUUCAUCACAGCCCUGCAACAGGACAGUCGAGCUGCCUGGGUUUUCCUGCAUGAGGUGUUGUGUUUACUGGAGCCACUAAAGGAUUCGUUAGACUUUCCAGAAAUAAAACCAGAGAUCGUUCAUUACAUUGAGCGAGUGUUACACCAUGUGGCUCUACACAGGGAGAGGCUGUUUGAUUUACAGAUAUCUGAGUCCCUGUCUAAAGUCUUCCCAAAGGAGGUGAGUAAAGUGAGCCAGUAUGGGUCAAGACCAGCUAACAACUAUAGUGCACCAGUAGUAAAGCUGAGCUGUUUGUCACCCCAAAAGUCCAACCACACACCUCGACAGGCCAUGCUCCUUCCAGACAACACCAACCCUUAUAAUCCUGUACUGCCGUAUAUGAUGACAGACAAUAGUAUUGUGAAGUACAUGAUGACAGACAAUAGUGUUGUGAAGUACAUGAUGACAGACAAUAGUAUUGUGAAGUACAUGAUGACAGACGAUAGUGUUGUGAAGUACAUGAUGACAGACAAUAGUAUUGUGAAGUACAUGAUGACAGACAAUAGUAUUGUGAAGUACAUGAUGACAGACAAUAGUGUUGUGAAGUACAUGAUGACAGACAAUAGUAUUGUGAAGUACAUGAUGACAGACAAUAGUGUUGUGAAGUACAUGAUGACAGACAAUAGUGUUGUGAAGUACAUGAUGACAGACAAUAGUGUUGUGAAGUACAUGAUGACAGACAAUAGUGUUGUGAAGUACAUGAUGACAGACAAUAGUAUUGUGAAGUACAUGAUGACAGACAAUAGUGUUGUGAAGUACAUGAUGACAGACAAUAGUGUUGUGAAGUACAUGAUGACAGACAAUAGUGUUGUGAAGUACAUGAUGACAGACAAUAGUGUUGUGAAGUACAUGAUGACAGACAAUAGUGUUGUGAAGUACAUGAUGACAGACAAUAGUGUUGUGAAGUACAUGAUGACAGACAAUAGUGUUGUGAAGUACAUGAUGACAGACAAUAGUGUUGUGAAGUACAUGAUGACAGACAAUAGUGUUGUGAAGUACAUGAUGACAGACAAUAGUGUUGUGAAGUACAUGAUGACAGACAAUAGUGUUGUGAAGUACAUGAUGACAGACAAUAGUGUUGUGAAGUACAUGAUGACAGACAAUAGUGUUGUGAAGUACAUGAUGACAGACAAUAGUGUUGUGAAGUACAUGAUGACAGACAAUAGUGUUGUGAAGUACAUGAUGACAGACAAUAGUGUUGUGAAGUACAUGAUGACAGACAAUAGUGUUGUGAAGUACAUGAUGACAGACAAUAGUGUUAGAGAAGAUGAGCCCAUGUUACUUACAAAACCUUUGACCAUUGGUGAUCUUAGGAGUUCUAUUGCUGGGGUUGCUAUGGAAAUGGCUGCAAGAGAGUCAAUAUGGAGUCAUCAUUUUGGGACGGUCACCACUGCUCUUGCUACAGAUAUUAUUGACCCACCAGAUGAGACAAAGAAUGAUUUCCAAGUUCCCAAGACAAAUAGACCAACUCCUCGAAGUUCUGUCUCCUCACUGUCAGGGAGUCAAAAAGACAGCAAGACUCCCCGCGUACAGGAGGAGAAAGUGAUUGACAUGACAGGCAGAGAAGCUGUGGAAUAUUUUGCCAAACUUCACCAUAUUGGCAAAAUCCAGUCCAUUUACUUUAACAAGGUGGAGAAUCGUCACUACCGUCCUUAUGACCUGCGUUCUGUUGCCAAAAAUAAGGCUGACCCUGAACACUAUGUGUUUUCCACCUUUGGUGUGCUGCAUGUUUACCCAGAUCAACCAAGUGAGAGCCUCAGUUUGGCUGAGUGGCAGAGAGAGGCUGUUUUAUGGACAGCUGUGUCGUCCAUCCCAUUCUUCAAACAGUUCCUCAUACGGAAAAUGUUCUGCAAAUGGCGUUGCAACAAAAGAUACUUGGACUUCCUACGGCGUCAAGACAACCUGACCGCUAACCUGUUACCAGCUGUUCCAGCAUUCGGUGCAGCGUUACUCCAGGUCUCAAGACUGCUGAAAGAGCUGAUCACUGUCAAGUUUCUGCCAUUUGAUGUUGAUAAAACUUACCAGCUGUCUGAUUUUGAGAAUUACGUGAAUUACAAGAAUAUACAAGCAGAAAAAUUCCUGGAGAAAUUUUUCAGAUACUGUAAGAUGGUGAUGGAUGUAACAGCUGAAGAAUCUUUCAAGAAACUGAAAUACUGUGAGGACCAGGUGAAGAAAAAGACAGUGUUCUCCAAGGACUCGCUUCACAUGCAGAGAGUGAAGAAAGAGAAUAGAGCAGAAAACCUGCGUAAAGCCAGGAGUGAGACAGGGCGCCUGGGUAACUUUGUGAAACUUGUGGACCAGGUGAUUGUGGAGCACAUGUUUAACAUUUGUAAGAACCAAGUCAUCUCUUUUGUGGAUCAAGUCCUGAAGAUCGGCGAUGAGGCACCAAGGGAGGGAUUCUUUAAGGCCAAUCUUAUCAUCACAAAACAAGAUGUUUUGGGAUUAUCUCCACCUCCUGACCGGUUUAUUAAGGUCCUGGCCAGCACCCUGAAGGGCAUUCCAACUGUACUUGCUGCUAAUGCAAUUCCCAUUGAUGGAUCAAUCCCACCAGAUCAGGAUACUGUUGGAGAUGACACGGAAUCAUCUGCUCCAACUAAAUCUGAUGCAGCCAAGUCUGUGGACAAUGUGCGAAUUGCACCUGAGAGAAGAAAAAGUACAGCAAAAAGCUCCCUGAAGCAGGACAGUCACUAUAACCUUGGAGACCGAGACAAAGCCAUGUCAUCCCAGGCCACCCCAGCAGGGGAGACAACUGCAGGAGAGACAACCACAGGGGAGGCAACUGAUGUAGAGUCUCAGGUGGGCAUGUCCAAGUCAGUUCUUGGGGAUGAUGGGGCAAUGUUACCUGACCUCCCUCGACAGGAGACAAUGAACAAAGAAGAAGAUGUGAUGGGGGUUGCGACACCUGAUCUGGUUGUUCGAGACGAUGAAGGUCGAUUAGUGGUGAUGGGAGAGGGAUUCAUGGGUCAGUACGACCCACUGUCACGAGCAAACCUAGAGGACAAACUGGACAAGGAUUUGGAGUACCAGCUGGCCCUUAAGGAACACAGCAGGAUCAUUCGUGCUGGCCUAGAAGAGAUUGACCAAUACUGUGAGCGAGCAGUCUGGAUCCAUCCCAUACAUCACUUCUGCAAAAAAUGGAAUGAUGAAUCUCUGAAAGAGUUCAAAGGAAUGGCUGCCUACACUAUAGAGCAAAGACUGACUGAACUGCGACAAUGGUCUGAAAGAAUAAGGAACUUUGACAAGAGUUUCUCCACAGAGAACAACCUGUUCUACAUAGACUGCAUGGCCAUUCAUGAGGUACUCCUCCCUCGUCUCAAUGACAUCUACCAAGAGGUCGUGACCUUUGUGGCUGAAGAAGCAAAGAUGCUGGCUACCAGUUUCUGUGUGGAGAUGGAGGAAGUCCUACAGAAUAUGAAGGACAAACGAGCAUCGGUGGACGCAUUUGCGAGGUUUGCCAAGAACUUCAACAUUUACAAGAAGAAUGCUCCUCUGUACCAACAACGAAUGGAAUACAUCAAAUCUUUGUUUGAGCUGACUCCAGAGGAAGAGAAGAAUGAAGAGAAUGUCUCUGCUGCAGGUGAGGCAUUCAUGCUCCAAAUGCAAGAUGCAUCAGAGUUUGUAAACACCCAGACGCCGCUGAUGACUAAACUGUUGGAGGAUACAUUCCAGCGUAUGGCUAAGGCAAAGACACUGAAACAGAAGGUGGAGGCGAUGAGAAAUCCCAGCCUCUACAUGAGGCUGGAAAAGCAGGUCCUGGAGCUGUCCGAAAAGGCCACCAACGGGAAGUUCCUGGACACAAACCAGGACUCCACGGCAAUCCUGCAGGAGAUGAGAGGGAUUCGAGACCAGUUCUUUGACGUGUUGUCACGACUGCGACAGGCAAGUCGGUGGCGAGAAGCCAUUUGUGGGGAAGCCUACAACCUUGACUUUUUAGAAGAUCUGACGACAAAGAUGAACGUACGACAGGAAGUGUGGAAGUAUGUUGAGGUCACACGACACUCCAUUGAUGACUGGAAAGCUACGCCUUUCAGGAAGAUGAACAUCAAGAAGGCAUUGGAGAAGCUGUUUGAGUGGCAGUCGGCGGCUGCACAGCUGAAGCCCUACCUGCCGCUUGGAGAUCAGGUGUUAGGGGCGUGGUUCCAUUCCAUGUCAGAAUUCAAGAAAAACUUACCUGUCCUUCACAAACUGGCUAACGAGGCUCUCAAGGAGCGUCACUGGAAGGCCAUUUUUGUUGGGAUGAACGAAACUUAUGAUGGAAUGAAGCAGUACACUGUAGCUGACCUUCUAGCAUAUGACCUUGAGGAACAUGCACAGCUCAUUCAUAAUAUCUACCUCGGAGCCAUAGAGGAGUUUGAUCUCGAGGUGAAAAUCAUGCAGAUCAGCAAGAUGUGGGAGGAGAGAGAAUUUAAACUGGCUAAACACAUUCCUGACAGUGUCAUCAGUAGUAAAGACAUAAUUAAGAAACCAAGCAGCCCUCGACGCCGCACAAAACUGGAGAAAUAUCGCCAGGAGCGUGCUGCAGCACAAGUAGGCGAACCUCAGGGCCUCAAUGUACGAGAUGAUGAUUUCUUUAUUCUCAUUGAAGUGGAUGACCUCAAGUACCAAUUACAGCAUUCCCGUAUCUCUAUAAAUUCAAUGAUGCAAUCACCAUACCUAGGCGACAUGAGUCUUCUGGUGGAGUAUUGGCAUACAGCAUUAAAACAGGUGGAGGAAAUCACAGACCUGUGGUACACCUGUCAGAAAAAGUGGCUUUACCUCCUGAAGAUCUUUGAGAGGUCAGAGCUGUACAAGAAGUUUCAGGCCCACAGUCAUAAGUUUGAGACAAUUCAUGGAAAAUUUAAGGACUGGAUGCGAGUAGUGUCAAAUGAUUCUAAGAUUCUGACAGUGGUGCACAGGAAGAGGGGAGAGAAAGGGUACCGUCUGUUACAGGGAGACAACCUAAGGGCUCUGUUCCUAAAUCUCAUCGAAAGUCAGGAGGAAAUCCUCAAACACCUGGAGGGAGUCUUGGAAACAUCGAGGAUGGAAUUUCCUCGUCUUUACUUCCUCAGUAACGAUGAGCUCAUUGACUUACUUGGAAUAUCAAGGAAUCCAAGGUUAAUGCUACCAACUGCCAAGAAAUGUUUCCCAGGAGUGGAGUCACUGACUUUUGAUCUUCCACCAGGAACCUCUAGUAUUAGUACAGAGCUGGACUUUGCCCUCAAUGCGGACAAGUUGGAGGUGACUACCAUGCAUGGAGCCCUUGGGGAGGAAGUGCCACUCUAUACCAGAGUACAAGCAUUCCCGAAGGCCACACGCUGGUUCAAAAGUAUGGAGGCCAUCAUGAAAAACACCAUGGCACUCAUGCUGCAAAAGUGUAUACAGGCACGCAUGGAUGAAGGUUCCCGACAGCCAAUUCACCUGCUGGAGGAGAUCUCGCGUCUGACAACAGAGCGAAGAGGCUCCGAGGAGGAGAGGAUCACAGGAGACAUCAAACUUACAUUCCGACAUUGGCUGCUACGUUUCCCAGCCCAGUGCGUCUUAGUGGCAGAGGCCGUCAUGUGGGCACGUGCUGUCAACCGUGCACUAGAAAAUGGGGAGGCUGAUGAAUUACAUAGCCUUAAGUCCAGUAUAAACUCCAAGUAUGAUCAGUAUGUAGAACUGAUACGAGAGAGUUACUCCUUCAAUGGAUCAUUACCAGCUUGUACCAAGCAAAGACUGCAUCGCUUGCUGUGUAACCUUGUCACCCAGACCAUCCAUCAACGUGACGUUCUGGAAUGUGUGUUGUCAUCAGGUUUGGUAGGGACUGGGAACUUUGAAUGGCUGAGAGAGAUGCACUACCACAUUGAUAUACAAACCGUACUGCGUGCAAAGAGGGAGGAGCUAGAGAUACAGCCAGCACCUCCCACCAACCAGACACCUGUCAGUCAACGCAAGGCUGGGCGAGGAAGACGGACUUCUAAAGCUCUGGCUACUAAGGUCCGCGUGGAAACCACUAUUGAGGAACCACCCAAGUUGACACGGACUAAGACAGUGGUGUCAACAGACUAUCAGUUUGGUCUGUGUUGCGUACAGCAGCUUGGGAAUACAUUCCAGUAUGACUACGAGUACCAGGGACCAGUGAGCCGUCUUGUUCUCACUCCUCUCACACACCGUGCGUUCAUCUCUCUCACACAGUCGCUCCGUAACUACCAUGCGGGCACACUUGUCGGACCACCAGGUACCGGAAAGUCUGAAACCAUCAAGGAACUCGCCAAGAUAUUUGGGUGUGCCAUGUAUACUGUCAAUUGUAACGAGGAAAUGACAGUUGAAAUCAUCAUACAGAUUAUGUUGGGCACUGUCCAGUCUGGCUGCUGGACAUUAUUUGAUGACACUGACCGUCUCACACAAGGACUAAUGUCCGUGGCAGCCCAGCACCUUGACUACCUUAGGACUGCACUCCGUACUCUUCAGCUAUCCAGUGAAAACCAGUACAUGAUCAGGGGUCAGGCCCGCCAAGACAAAUUAUUUUCCAAAAAAACUGGUGUUGGAGACAAGGUGGUCAGACGUAACUCCUUGACCACUCUCCAUCCUCUACCAUCAAACAUAGGCACAGCUGGUAUUGAGCGACAAAACACUGUGCCACAUGGAUUCAAUGAGAAAGGAUUAGUUACCUACUUUGAGGAUACUUGGAUAGCAGAGAAGGACUUGCGACGGCGCCGUCACUCAAUAGAAAAGGAAAUUGAUAUUAAGGAGUCAGAUCUUUACAAGUCGAAUCGUCCGCCACCCCUGUUCUAUGAAUAUGUGCGAUCACGCAUCAAGAACACAAAACCAACUGCUGAUGAUUACAGCAGGCUCAACUCUGAGAGAGUUUACACACAUCGUUACCUUGGUAACAUCAUGUUCAAUGGAAAGCUUGUUCAUGCUAGUGCUAAUUUUGGAUGCUUCAUGACACUUAACACACAGCGGUCUAUUGCUGCAGACAUGCCAGAGGUGUACAGAUUGCUGAUGAGGCCUUGUGCCAUGAUCAUCCCAGACAAACAGCAGAUUGCUGAGGUGCUCUUGUGUAAUCAUGGAUUUAAGGAGACAAAGCAUUGGGCAAGGAAACUUGACCAGCUCCUUAGGAUGUUGAAAAUACAGCUACCAAGGAAGAACCACUACCAUUUUGGGGUGAAGGAUUUGAAAACCAUCCUCAUAUCUGCGUCCAAUGCUCUACAUAACACAGCAUUCUGUCGUCACUUCACAGCAAUCUCAGAACCAAACUCUCCAAGAUCAGGAUCCAGCAGCACUCCUACGUCACCAAAAAGUCCUCAACCACAGUCACCACGGAGUCCUGACAUCUCUAGCCCAUCACCGCGGGAGAAACCACAACCCAUCCCCCAGACCGCAUCAGAACGUAGAAAUCUGGAGGAACAUUGUCUGGUACAUGCACUGCGGAACAUCUUGUUGCCAGCCUUAGAGACGGAUGAAGAUAGAGACAUAUUUACCAGUAAUCUCCGUAACGUGUUCCCAGCAAGUUCUAACAACAUGGACACUACAACCUCUUUCAAUACAUUAAUGAAGAGGACUGUCCAGGAUCAACUGAAGGAAGACAGCCUAGCUGAAUCUGAACCACUUCUUCACAAGGUAAGUCACACUGCCUUACUUAUGUUAGACAGCCUGACAGAUUCUGAACCACUUCUUCACAAGAUCCUACAGUUAAACACAGCCCUCCAGAUGAAGAAGAGUGUGAUUCUGUGUGGACCAGCAGGCAGUGGGAAGACAACCUGUUGUACAACGCUGGGCAGAGCCUACAACAGACUCAACUAUCUGUUAUUUGCCCCGGAUCACUCCAAGGAUGAACUCAACACUGACUUUGUCAUCCAUGGCAAGCAGAAAAAGAAACUACGGGAGGAGGACCCUGGGGAACUGGCAGACAAUAUUUUUUUAAUUGUGGAAGAGAUGGAGAAACAAAUUCCAGAAAAGAAGGCCACCAAGAAACUACGUAGAAUGUCGAGACUUCUCGGAAAAGUUUCCGAUGCCAUGCAGGAGCUGCAGGCAUCACGUCCGAAGGAUUUUGCUGAACAUCCCAAAGUAGACAUCAUACGUUUGUCUCCUACAGCCCUCCCACCCAGCCAGCUACUUGGUUGCUAUAAAGAAGGGAUGUGGUGUGGAGGAUUAUUCCCUAAAUUACUACAAGAUAGCAGUUUCCUUUCGGAUGCUGUCAAGUCAUACAUCACCUCUCUCAAGGACCGCAAGAACAAAGGUCAGCAUGAGGUCCCAUCUGUCUUACUUCGCUGGCUCGUAUUGGAUGGCGUGAUGCACCCAACCUGGGCUGAUAGUCUCAACACACUGUUUGAUGAGGAGAAGAAGCUGUCAACACCCAACAGUGGAGGCAUCCACCUUCAAGACACUACAGCACUGAUGUUUGAGACAAGUGACCUAACAGAAGCAUCACCUGCGACGGUCACCCGCUGUUCCAUUCUACACUUCAGUCAGGACACUGUCCAGUGGAAAUCUUUGUUUGACCGCUGGUUGAAGACAGCAAAAAGUCGUUGGGUGAUCACUUCCACAGUGAUGAAGGUAUGGGAGGACUUGGUGCGAGAUGUGUUUGGUCCCACGCUCCGUUUCCUACGCCAGGAGUGCUGCCCAGCCCUACUCACGGAUGUUGGCCACACUGCUGCCCAGGCUAACCAGGUGGCACCAGGUAUCCAGGAAGUCAGCACUUUCCUCCGCUACAUGACUGCCUUAUUGGAUAAGGGCUUCCUCCGCGAGGAGUUGGAGCAGCGAGAGAUACAAGCAGAGAUGGACGAUGCAGGGAAGAAGUCUCCAACCAGCAGUAUUAUGACUUCUCAACACACUGCCAGCCGUUUGACAGGGAGCUCACACAUUGAACAACUCAUUCCUAACUAUCUUGAGAUACUUAAAGGUGUAUUUGCCUUUUCGUACGUCUGGGGAUUUGGCGGUCACAUCCACGAAAGGUUUAAAGACAAGUUUAGCAAGUUUUCCCACGAUGCUCUGUAUCGAACUUCACACCCGGUGCGGAUCCCUAUGAUGGGAUCUGUGUAUGACUAUUGUUUAGAUGAGACGACAGGAACUUUCAUUCGCUGGAGUGAUAAACAGCAGGAGCGCACAAAGAUCAUGGCUGGAGGCUUUACCUUAACAACAGAGGUGGAGAAGUACACUUACCACAUAGACCUUUUACUGGGUGCCUGUCAUCCGGUCCUCCUUGCAGGCAAUCCAGGUGUAGGCAAAACUACCCUCAUACAGAACAUGAUCCUGCCGAAGCACAGCUCCACCAGCAUCAUUAUGUCACGCAGUAUGUCCUCCGAGCUUUUCCAACACACCAUGGUAGCUCAGAUCCUAGAGCUCAAACACAAAACAUCAAAUGUAUUAACCGGACCUGGUGGGACCAGUUCUCCACCCAAGUCUCAACAGUACCACCUCUUCUUUGUUGAUGAUCUCAGUCAUGCUCAGUGCUAUGAAAGCUAUCAGCCUCCACUAGAGCUACUCAAGCAGGUGUUAUCAGAGGGAGGUACAUACGACCAACAACGUCAGGAGUUUCAAGGCAUGGAAGAGGCACUUUUCCUGACAGCAACCACCCUUCCCAGUGUACCAGGUUCAGGGAUGGGUAGAUCAUGUCAUGUGAUGUCGUCACGCCUGACACGACUGUUUGUGACGCUGACUCUGUUUACCCCAGCUCUAGAUGGCCUGCUCAGUAUGUAUGGUCGCAGUCUACAGAACUGGCUGGAGGAAUUCCCCACCUACUCUGUGGAACACCACUUUGAGUUUGCUCGGGCAAUGACCCUUGCCCUUCUGGAGAUGUACCACCGUAUUAAGGAGAAAUUCCGCGCCACACCAGCUAAUGCCCACUACAUCUUCACACUUCAUGACAUUUCUCGUGUUGUCCACGGAAUCCUUCUCAUGUCUCCGAGGUCAAGGACACGUAAGAUGAUGAGACGGAAAAAGGAUGGCCAUAACGAUUCCCGUGGUAGCCGUAGUAACCAGGUGUCUCGCCAGACUUCCUGGGAAUCACGCUCACGCUCAGUCAGCAUGGCCAGUGGUGCUCAGCCACAGGAGACAGCUGCUCCCAUGAUGAAGGUCAUUGCUCAGCUGUGGUGUCACGAGUGCACAAGGACAUUUGCUGACCGUCUAGUCACAGAAGAUGAUUCUAACUGGUUUUCACGUAUAAUUGAAGACACUGUGAUGAAAUACUUUUGUAUGGCCCGGGAUGAUCCUAAGACUGAAAUGGCUGCCAUCUCUGAGGAGACAGUCUCUCAGACGGGUCGGGUUACACCACAGACAACAUCUCCCCUCCCUGUAUCACCAGUUGAGGAUGAGGAGGAGGAAGAAGAGACAAGAGAGGUCAGACUAGAAAAUCUACCAAAGUUGGAGAAAGUGAAGGAAGAUGAGGAGGAGGAGGAAGAGGAUGUGAAAUCUCAGUCACAGACACUGACAUUCUCUGUGUCACAGUCCCAAACUCAGAGUGACGAUCUCGCCAACACGACCCCUGUCACAAACAAAACAGAUGGCGCUGAAACUAUGGCAUCUGUUCGUACUGAACCACGUGGAGAGAGCGAGUCGGAGGACUACGAAACAGAAUGUUCUGAGGAAACGGAGGAAAGCAGUGAUACAGAAACUACAGAGACAGAAACAGAUACUUAUGAUACUCCCAGAGAUGUUGACCCUAAAAACCUGUCUCAAGGAGUGUCCACUCGCCGCAGCAGUCGGGAAUCGUCAGGCAUGACAGACUCCAGCACACGUAGCACAGAUACUAGUGUUGGUCGGGAAACACCAAGACUUAUCCACAAAGCCUCAUCUGAAUCUGGUCGCUCCAGUAGAGGGAGCCAGGGUAACACAGUUGGGGGAAAGGUCUCCACCACACCAAGUCUGAAAACACAGGGUAGAUCUGGCCAUGGCAGUCUAAAGAUGAAAACAGUGACAUUUAAAGCAGGUCUGCUGGCGGACUGGGAACAUGAGGCUUACUUUGGCCCCCUGCUAUGUAUGGAAGAGAUCAAGGCACCAACAGACUCUCUGACAGACUUCAUCUUCUCCAAGUUUUUCCUGACGACCCACACUGAGACUCAGGGUAUCCAGGUGGAGAAGGGCUAUGUGGAUUGCCAGGAAGAGAUGCUCGGAGAAGCCCUCAACACAUGUCUAAAUGUAUACAACGCCGGCACGUCACAACGACUGGAACUUGUGUUUUUCAGUGAGGCCCUACGACAUGCGGCUAGGCUGAGCCGUGUACUGGCCAUCCCAGGAGGUCAUGCUCUGCUGCUGGGAAUGACAUACUCCACUGGGCGAGCAACUCUGGUCCGUUUAGCAUCCUAUAUAGCACAUUGUAAGAAAGCCCCCAGUAGCUGCUGCAGACGUAAAUGUCGCGGGUUGUUUGAGCCUAAACCACAGACGGAUGUCAGUAGGAACCACCAGAUUGUACGGGAACACAUCAAACGAGCUUGUCACCACACCGGCAUUCUGGGUAAACCCACAGUGCUGCUCAUUCAUGAAGACUUAGGAAUGGAGUGUCUUGCAGACAUCUGCUGUCUCAUGGCUGAAGGCACCAGUCCAGGUCUGUACACCGAAGACGAGGUCCAGGCCAUUGUGUCACAGAUGAUGCCAGGCGGAGUACAGACUAAACGUGUAGACAAGAUAGAACAGGCCUUUGAACGAUACUUAAAAAAGAUCAAACAAAAUCUUCACAUCAUAGUGUGUCUGAACUAUAGAGGUAACAGUUACUCCAGUGACAUACGAAACCUCCAUGACAAGCUAAACCUUUACCCUAACUUGCUUAAGUACGCCAGCUCUGUGGACAUGUUCCAUCCGUGGACCUACGAGGCAUAUGUCAGGAUUGCUGAGGUCUGGCUUCAAGAUCAAAGGUCAAAGAUUUCUAUCCCAUGGCACCCGACCCGGAUGCUGGAGCAGAUGGCAAUGACCAGCAAGGCCAUGGCCUACAUGCAUCUCUCGGCCAAGAACAUUAUAGAGCGUCAGUUCUGCCACCAGAGGGAGCCACUCAGAUUCUAUUCACCUUUGACCUUCAUGGAGUUUGUACAUUUGUUCAGGGUCAUAUCUGCUUUUAUUGUGAAAAAGGAACGGGAGAACAUAGGAAAGCAUGAACAGGCUUUAUCGAAGGUGAAUGAGGCAUUUGGAAGCAUCAACCAGUUCAAGAGGCAGGUGUCAGCCCUGACACCUCAACACAAGGCAGCCAUGGACGAGAUCAAGGAGCUUGUGGAGCAGGUCGAGGAACACAGAGAGCAGUAUAUUGAGUCUCUUGACAAGUGUAAGGCUCAGGAACAGAAGAUAGAGGAAUUACAGACACCUUUGGAAGAUCUACGACGGGAGGCACAGACAGAGUUUGACAAGGUGAACCCUAACUACCAGGCAGCUCUCUCAGCCCUAAGUGUACUACACAAGAGGGAUCUGGAGGAAGUGCGGUCCUACAGAGACCCCCCACAAAUUGUCCAGUUUGUUAUGAAGGCUUUGUGCCUACUCUUCAAUGUCCCUCAGGACUGGGAGAAUGCCAAGCUUCUUCUGAUAAAGGAGAAUGUUGUGGAGGACAUGAUGUUCUACGAUAAAGACAACAUACCCAAUGAUAUCUUCUAUCAACUUGGCGAGAUCAUCCAGCAUCCACUAUUCCAACCGGACCUCCUCAUGCGUGUCAGUUGUGCAGCAGCUGGUGUGUGUGGUUGGGUCCAUGCAGUGUACAAGUAUGCACAUAUUCACCGCAACAUGCAGCCACGACUUAAGAACCUUCUGGAGCAUGAGGAAAAAUUCACUCAGGCUCAAGCCAAAUUAGGACAGAUGAGAGUGGAAGCUAACCGCAUCAAAAGCUCACUCGAGACCAAAAUUGUAGACCACAAGGCGGCUGUCAAAAGGGCUAAAACCAUAGAGAAACACAUGCAGAGUAUAGAGAAGAUGAUCGCCCGUGCAUGUAACCUGAUGGAGAAUAUGUCCAUGCAGCACUACCUAUGGAAGUCAGAACUCAAGAAAGCUAAGACACAUGUAUUGACUGCUCCUGGUGAUGCCCUUGUGACUGCAGCAGCCGUGUUGUACCAUGGUCCACUAGAGGAUAAAUUCCGGGCUGACCUGCUUCAUGACUGGCUUGACCGCUGUCGUCAGGGUAAUUUCACCCUGAACCAACAUGUAGGACAGGAGCGGUACCCACUCAGUAGUAUCUUGGAAGGCCUGGAACAGAAGGAUGCACCAAGUGACAGUUCCCAGGCAGGUGAUUCAAGCAUUGACAGUGAUAGUGCAACUUCUAUACCAAGUCUGCCGGAAAUUCGUAUUUACCGAUAUCCUCCAACUGUGUAUGACACCCGUAAAUACUACAAGUCUGAGCUAAAGAAGCGGGGCAGCAUUGAGUAUGAUGGUACUCUCAACACUGAGGGUGAGGGAGAAGACUCUGAUGAUGAAGAUGACCAGAGUAUUCUCCUAAACAGGACCGGUUACAUUCUCCAAGAGAUUCUGUCAGACUUUGAUGAGUUGAGUAAGUGGCGCCUCGACAACCUGCCCACUGAUCUACACUCCAUACAAAAUGCUCUACUUAUGCGGGUGAGCUGUCACAACCGUAAGCACUGCUGGCCACUUCUUAUAGACCCAGACAACCAGGCGCAAAUGUGGGUACGCACUCUACAAACAAGUCGCAACAUCUUCUCAGAAAAGGACCUCAGGGCAAGUACACCAGAUGAUGUGGAUGGUAUCCCACUUGAGUCAAGUAGAGACAAAGAGAGUACAUCUGACCCACUUCCCCCAAGUCGUGGCACAAUACUCACAUUCUCAGAUAUGUACUCAGAGGGCCAGACAACUGAUGGCCACAACACAACUGAUGGUCACACAACAGACCGCACAGCGUACACUUCGACCAGUGCGGCCACCAUGACAACCGACUACACAAAGAGCGGAGGACGUCACUCACGACAGACCUGGAACAGUGAGGACCUAAGACCUGUCACCUCAGUAACCAACAGUUGGGAGACUAAUAGUUUACGUGCCGACCAAAAUGUAGACCAUCCUGAACAUAAUCUAUGGAUCGUAGAGGCGGAUGACCCCAGUCUGGACAGCAAACUUAUCAAUGCUAUAGUGCACGGUAUCACAGUGCUAGUAACACACCUAGAGAGAAAGCCUCUGGAUCCAUUGUUCCGCGGACUGCUACUGAAGCAGUUCUUUGUAGAUAAAGAAGGACACAAGAUCAUCAAAGUGGGCAGCUACGAGUUCCGUUACCACCCUAACUUCUGUCUCUACCUCAGUACCUCUUUACCGCUGUUCCUUAAAGGUGACGGUCUUUACAGUGUCCCAAUACACAGGAUGUGUAUCAUCAAUCUAGCAAUGAGUGACGAGGCCAUCAUCAACUUGCUGCUCAUCCAGACAAUGAAGAUUGAACGCAAAGAAUUUGAGGGACAGAAACGCUCCAACGAGAAUGACAUAAUUCUACAUCGCCAAAGACUUUUCCAGGAACACGAGCUGAUUCGUGAAAAGACUCUGAACCUCGAUGUACCAAUCCUGGAGGACAAGACAAUGCUGGAGUCGCUAGUUGCCUGUCAGAAAGAGGUUGAACGAAACCGCCUCAUCCUGGAAGAGACUCGCUACAUGGGCGAGAACUUGGAGGAGAAGUUUGCCAACUACAUGGGAAUGAUCAUGAACUCGGCUGUAGUAUAUAACACCAUCAAACGAAUGACUGUCCUUCAUCAUCACUACUACCUCCCCCUGUAUAAAUUCAUGGAUAUCUUCACAAGUGUGCUCAAGAUAUGUUACCGUGGCAAGGGCAGCAUUGGUGCCCCUGAGGCGAGGGCUCAGGAGCUGUCUGAUGCCAUGUCCUCAGCCAUCUACAAACAGGUUGCCCUCAUGAUGUUUGAACAGCACUUUGCCCUCUUCCAACUCCUUGUUGCCAUGGAAAGCAUGCGACUUACACGAAAAACUUCGACAAAAGAAUUAAGUCUUUUUAUCAAUGGCUUUGAGAAAACAGGAUUGGACGAGUCGGUACUCCUGGAGAAUAAACCCCAGUGGAUGAGUAAUCAGGCCUGGGUGGACUGCCUGGUGAUGGAACAGCUCCACCAUCCUUUCCAUGGACUCAGACGAUCACUCCAACAAACCAGCAUCCAGUGGCAGGAAUAUUUCCAACACCCAGUGGCCCUGAUGAAUCCGGUUCCUGGCUCUUCCUUACAAGAUCUCACCGUGUUCCAGAAGUGUAUUCUCUGGAAGAUCAUUUGUCCACAUAGGCUCGCUGAGAUUGCUUGUGCCUUAACCCUUUAUGAACUUGGCAGUCUUCGGAAGGUCCCAGUCCACUACAAUAUCCGUGAGGUAUAUAACUACGUUGACAACACCACUCCAGCCAUCCUUGUUCUGCCAAACUCUCAGAAUGAAUCUCCGAUAUCUGAGGGGACCAAAGGUAACACUUAUGUCACUCCUGCGCACGAGAUCAAACGACUUGCGAAGGAGGUUGGCAUGGAUGGUAAGGUGAAGGUCAUGAACUUUGGGGUGAAAGGUCAGACGUCAGAAGCUCGCCAUGCCCUUGAGGAGUGUAUACAGAAUGGUUAUUGGCUUCUGCUACAGAACUACCACCUAUCGGAGGAACCUGCUCGCCCCUUCUUUGCCCUCCUAAAGGACAUUGUGUACAGUAAGUGGGUACAACAUGAGCGCAGGAGACAACACUCAGAAGUGGCAGAUAACACUGCUAACCUCGUUGUUUAUGCCAAACCCACCAUCAACCCGGAUAACGACUUGGUCAUUCACGACACAUUCCGCCUCUGGAUCACAACCAAAGCUGAUGCAGGACGACAGAUCCCAGGAGUCUUGGUUCAGCAUGGGUUCAAGGUCACUUGUGAGCAAACUGGAAACUUCAAGGCUACCCUCCAGAAAUCAUACCGCUCCACUGCUUUCCUCAUGACAGACUUCCUUGCACACAAUCCAAAGAUGAACAAGUGUAGCUAUAUCAUGCCUCUUGCACUUCUGCAUUCCGUGCUACUACAGCAGACUUUUUAUGGACGGAAUGCAUUCCGUGGAGAAAACUUGUGGACACUGACUGACCUUGCCUUGGCAGUGGAUGUGUUCAAGAAAGUAAUGAAAAUCAGUCAUAGUCCAGAAGGAGUGAAGGAACUCAUUUCCAAAGUGUAUAUGGACCACUGCACAGACGAGACUGACGCUAAGGUGGUCAGUACCUUGGUCAGCUCUCUGGCGGAGUAUGCAAUCAAUCCCGAUAGAACGCCUCCUCGAGAAAAGUCCAACAUUGCAAUCCUUUUGGAAAAAUUACUCCAUUCCAAAGACAACUUCCAACUGCGAAAAGCUGUGGACUCUCUGGAGGAGCUCUCUGCUAAAUGUUAUGGAUUACCAGAGUCGGCAGAUACUAACAUUACAUCUGUCACCAGCAGGGUAUUAGUGAAGAACCUGAUCCAAGUGACUGGAGCUCCAGAACUCUUCCAGAAGGUGACCACAAGCACACCCCCAAUGGGUUGGUAUGCAGAGGCAGUGUUCCCUCAGCUUGUGGCUUGUCUCCAGGCUUGCCCCACACUACCCGACACUAACAGGAACCAGGUGUUGCCGUUAGACACUUUCCUCCAUGGAGAGGUGGAGUGUUAUCGUAGCCUGCUAGCCACUGUCCAGGCUGAGCUUGCCCUACUCCAGCGUCGCGCCCGAGGGGAGAUCCUCCUCAGUAAGCCCUUCCAGGAUGUUAUCUCGGCGCUAAGUAGUGACCGUGUUCCGAAAAGCUGGUUAGCACAGACAUUUCCAUCAGCAUCAACUCUUACAGAAUGGAUAAGCUGCCUGCCAACCAAAAUCGAGACACUUCUAUCUUACUUCAAACAAUCACCUCACAUCCCAACCUACAACUUGUCAGUCUUCAUGCGACCAGACCGCUUCCUUGAAGCUAUUAAACAUACACAUGCUCGCAAAAACUUCAAAGAUGUCGACUCCAUCGUGUUUGAUGUCCAGGUGAUGCCUGAGGGGAUGAAUCCAUCAACAGCUCCACGAGAUGGUAUAUUUCUGACUGGUUUAACAUUGUACAAUGCUUUGUGGGACACAUCACGGGGCACACUGAUGUCUAAUAACACCGACUCUCAACCAUGGCAGGAGAUGCCUGUACUCUGGCUAAAGCCCUCGGACACUGGGUCCAGUCUGGGUCAGAAAUAUCAUGUGUAUCCAUGUCCUGUGUACUGUACCAAGGACUCUAGUCAGCUGGGAGACCCAAAUCUUGUCACCCACCUACCCCUUCCCACACUUGACCAUCCCAAUGCCUGGCACCAAUCUCGUGUUUUCCUUGUCAGUGAGAUAUGACCAGUUAGCGAAGGCUUCGUCACAUUCAGAAACAUUCAAAGAAAUUUGUGUAAGAAAUACACGGGUGUCAGAAUCCAUAAUGUACUUGCUACGGUAAUGCAGGCAUACUUUGGUAUAAUAAAAAAAGACUUCUGGUUAUGUAUGACAUUCCAUUUCCUGCGAGUAACAACAGGAUUCAAUAUAACCAGAAAAAUACUAAUGUGAAUUCAAAUCACAUACAUAAGCAAAACUACUGAGGAAAAAUAGAGCUGUUCAAAUAUUUCUCAAGAGACUGUGAUAUACAUAUAAUUGUUUUUAUAUUUUUUAAAAAUUUAUGUAUAUAUAUUCUGUAUGUAUAUAAGUAUACAUAGCUGUAAAUACAGAAUUUUAUUUAAGUUGCUUUGUUUAUGAAACUCCACAUUCUAAUCACUAUUGUUUAUUUAUAUAGUGGGAAAUCUUAUAUCCGUCACUACUGAGCAUGCAUUUGUUUGUGAGUGAAUCCAUCCAUAUGUAUUUUUAGCACUGUAAUAUAUUAUAUCACAGAUCAAGACCUGAGAUAACAUGAACAAUAGAGACGGUGAUUCUCCAAGAGUGAUUAUUGUGUAUAUAAUUCCUUCCUCUGUUAAAUUGUCUAAGUAGUCGAGUUAAUCUGUCGUUGUCUUGACAAUAUUACUGCUGUAAUGGGCUUGUCCGUCCAUUACGAGGAAAUAAACAUAACUGCUGUGGUAAAACUGCUGUCCGUCCAUUGUUAGGAAAUAACAUAACUGCUGAUGUCAGCUCCUGUCCGUCCAUUUUGAGGAAAUAGUAUUAUUGCUGUGGAAAAACUGCUGUCCUACCAUUGUGAGGAAAUAACAACUGCUGUGGUAAAACUGCUCUGUCCAUUGUGAGGAAAUAACCUAACUGCCGACGUCAGCUCCUAUCCAUCAUUGGAGGAAAAAACAUUUCUGCUAAAGUUGGCUUGUCUGUCCAUUGUGAGGAAAUAAAAUUACUGCUAAAUCAGCUUGUCUCUAUACAUUGUGAGAAAAAUCAUUUUGGUCAAUGUGCAGUUUGCAGUGUUGUAUAAGAUAUUGGGGUCUUAAAGUUGGAAGGAAUUAUCUGAUGUUGUACAUUCAGACCAAUACUUUCCCUAUUUGCCAAUGGUAAAAAUGUAUCAACAAGUUACCAGAAUUAAUGUAAUCUACAAUAUAUAUGCAUCCUCUACAAUAAUUUUCCAAUAUCAUGCAGUAUUAUCUUGUUUUUUAAUGAAACGUGAUAGAUUUACAUAAUAUAUUUAUUUUAAGUGCUUCUUUGGGUUAGGUAUUUUAUGUGCCAAAAACCUGUUAAGUUACAUGUGCAACAUUUGCCUGUAUGGCUGGUGUGUAAACUGUUGCAUGUGACCCUAAAGACCACAAUAAAUUUGAAUAUCAUU